CCACUGUUGCUCCUCAGUCACUGUCAGAUUACAGUGUAAUCCGAGGGGGAGGAUACACAGUCAAGAAACUGAGUGUAUCUUGGAAGGACACUCGGUGUCCAAGCUUCCUUAAUAAACGCAACUUUACGUGCUCCUGUCUGUUUUCUCCUCAGCCGGUCUUCCGUUGCUGUCUCUGCCUUCUCACCGUCUUUCGCUUCGUUAGGAUGUUAGCUGGCUAACUAGCAGAGAAAGAGUAAGGUUAACUACCAUUAAAUCGGAUUAUGUGAUAACGGCAGCCUCCCAUAGGACAGUCAUAACCAGGUAUUAAGUUCAGGACCAGCCGCCUCCCUUCUUUCUUGGAGUGUUUUUUUUUUAAUUUUUUUUUUACAUUUCUUCCUGUUUCUUGCUCUUAAAUGUUAACGUUGAAAAUCUGCUAGCAUUAAUGUUUCUGCAAGCUAGCCUGGCUAUCCGGCAUUCAACCCACAACAAGAGCCGGAGCUCCUUCGCUAGCUUCUCUUAACUAUCUGUUGGAAAGAGAAAUCAUACAAGAAUCCCACUUCGACAACACCUCAGCACCUGGUGGAUGUGCUAGCUUGUCCUCGGGCUAGCUGGCAAGAAGAAGACUGAACAAGAUUUUAUUCUUGAAGACCUAAGCUUUCGGACGCAGAGAAGAUGUCAGGAAAGGAUAAAGACAAAGACAAAACGGAGAAACAGUCCACGACAGAGAGGCUGGUAAAAGCUGUGCCAUACCCUCCACAACAUAAGCUGAGUGUCAAAGAGCUGUAUGAAGAUGGAAAGCCCAAUGCUGAGGUGCUCCGCAAUCACCUGGUAAAAGAGGGCAGGUUGGAGGAAGAUGCUGCACUAAAGAUCGUCAAUGAUGGGGCCAACAUUCUCCGCCAAGAGAAGUGCAUGCUGGAAGUGGAGGCACCAAUAACAGUAUGUGGUGAUGUCCACGGCCAAUUCUUUGACCUUAUGAAGUUGUUUGAAGUGGGUGGAUCACCCAGUACCACACGGUAUCUCUUUCUCGGUGACUAUGUAGAUCGAGGGUACUUCAGUAUUGAGUGUGUUCUCUACCUUUGGUCCCUCAAGAUCAACCACCCCACCACGCUCUUCUUACUGCGUGGGAACCAUGAGUGCCGGCACCUCACAGAGUAUUUCACCUUUAAACAGGAAUGUAAAAUAAAAUAUUCUGAGCGUGUAUAUGAUGCAUGUAUGGAGGCCUUUGACUGCCUGCCCCUUGCUGCCCUGCUCAACCAACAGUUCUUAUGUGUGCACGGCGGACUCUCACCAGAAAUCAACUGCCUAGACGACAUAAGAAAAUUAGACAGGUUCAAAGAGCCGCCAGCAUUUGGGCCAAUGUGUGACCUGAUCUGGGCUGACCCUGGUGAGGACUACGGCAGUGAAAAGACCUCUGAACACUUUAACCAUAACUCCGUCAGAGGAUGUUCCUACUUUUUCAGUUACUCAGCAGUUUGUGACUUUUUGGUUAAUAAUAACUUGCUGUCCGUAAUAAGAGCGCAUGAAGCACAGGAUGCAGGGUAUCGGAUGUACAGAAAAAGCCAGACCACAGGCUUCCCCUCAUUAAUCACUAUCUUCUCAGCUCCAAAUUACCUUGAUGUCUACAACAACAAAGCUGCUGUGUUAAAGUAUGAGAACAAUGUGAUGAACAUCCGACAGUUCAACUGCUCGCCACAUCCUUAUUGGCUGCCCAACUUCAUGGACGUCUUCACAUGGUCUUUACCUUUUGUUGGAGAGAAAGUCACAGAGAUGUUGGUGAAUGUACUGAACAUCUGCUCUGAUGAUGAACUCAUGUCAGAGGGAGACGACCAAUAUGAAGGUGGAACCUCAGCAAUGCGCAAGGAGGUGAUCCGGAACAAGAUCCGUGCUGUAGGGAAGAUGGCCCGAGUCUUCUCUGUCCUCAGGGAGGAAAGUGAGAGUGUGUUACAACUGAAAGGCUUAACUCCGACAGGAACUCUCCCUCUGGGUGUGUUGUCAGGGGGGAAGCAGACUUUACAAACUGCUACGGUAGAGGCAGCUAAAGCAAAAGCCAUUCAAGGCUUCUCUCCUACGAGGAAGAUUCGUAACUUUGAGGAAGCUCGAGGUCUCGACAGGAUCAACGAGAGGAUGCCGCCACGCAAAGACGGCCAGCAGCCAGACGGCACUACAAUCAACUCAAACAGCCCCAACAAGAACGGCACUGAUGGAUAGAAACACCAACAGCCACUUUGAGCCCAUAGCUCCUGAUCGUCUCCUGCCUCUGUCUCUGUCUCUCUCUCUCUCUCUGAAGGAUGAACACUCAGACACAUCAGCAGGUUUUAAAAAAAGGUCAAAGAGCGCGGGAAAAAGAACAAACCAAACAUUUAAACUAAAUCUAGUUGACGGAUUGAGAACAUUUUACUGACUGAAGUCAAAUGUAUAUCAUACAUGUAAGUCCUCACAUACACCGGUCAGAUAACAAGGAGAAUAUUAUAUUUGAGUUGAGUAGGCGGAGCCCUGGUUAUUAAAAGUUACUUUCAGUUUUUUAUGGUUGUUCAAUGUGUUGAAGAAAUAACUGUCAGAACAUUUGAAGCACAGAAACUGAAGCCUCAUUUGGAGCUUACUAGAUUCUUUGAGAUGAUUGGCUCUGGAGAUUCUACAUACUGUGUGAGUUAUAAGUGAAGUAUGUUUGUGUUAAAGACAAAAAAAAAAGAGCCAGUUCAAUCAUUUUCUUACCUCAAAAAAUUUGAUGAAGAAAAAGUUUAAUUUUCCCUCUUUUUUUUUUCAAAAUGUUGAAAUCCCAAAGAUGCUGAACGGCUGUGUUCAUCGUGUUGUUCCCUUUGAGUUAAACGGGUCUAAUGAAGGAUUCAUGCCUGCUCUGCAAUCAUAGUUUCUGCUGGUGUGUGAAUGUGUUUGCUUGAUGCCAACGAGUUCUCACUUUGCUAAACCAAAAAAAGCAGCACCAAACUAGAACAGUCAAAAGUCUCUUAAACCCUUUUCACACAUACAGAAAUCUCCUGAAGAGAUUAGUCUACCCUGAGGUUCUUUAUGCUAUGUGUGAACGCAAACAGCCGCAUUUUUCGCGCAGACUUUACCUGGAGUUUAUCUGUCCAGACAGCUAGUAUUUUAUCCACAGAAUAUCCGAGUGAGCUGAUGUCUGAACACAGCCGAAUAUACUCCAGAGAAUUCACCUCGAGCCAAUAGAAAGAGAAUGAUGUUUAUAAACAGUGACUGUCUAAAGUGUCUGCACGCGACCACUACGAUCUCCGUGCACGUAAUUAAAUGGCUGCAUUCUGUUUUCUGUUCGUCAGUAUAUUGUUCUCCUCUCUUUUGUGGAUGUUGUCAUUCCAUUGGAUUACACAUAUGUGAACGACUAGGUCAGGAGAAUCUCCGGAGAAGUCCUCCUGUAAAUAUCUAGAUAUUAUCCGGAGUGCAGAUGUGAAAACGGCUCUACACAGCUUGUGAGCUUCUCUCUUCUGUUGAGCCCUGCACAUAUUCACUGACACACUUUUCAUUCUGUACAAAGACAACAGGCUUUAAAAUACUCCCCAAUGACUUGUGUUUCUAAUGGUUGAUGACAUGAUAAUAAUAAUAAUUUAUACUUUAUUGAUCCCGUGAGGGGAAAUUCGUUUUUUACACUCUGUCUAGUAAACAUGAACACAAACAUGCAAAAACAUUUGCAUUUCCAUUUGCAUUAAUGGAGAGGUCUCAGAGUGAGGGGGCUGCCCACAGUGAGCGCUCCUGAGCUGGUGGGGGGGUUAGGUGCCUUGCUCAGGGGCACCUCGGCAGUGCUCAGGAGGUGGACUGGCACCUCUCCAGCUACCAGGCCAAUUUCCGGCGACCCUCCGAUUCCCAACCCAAGUCCCUACAGACUGAGCUACUGCCGCCCCCAACUACUGCCGACAUCUUUGAUGAUGUAACAUGACAGUUUCAUUUGAUGUUUAAACUUUCUGUCUUUCCUUGGUAUCUGAUUGCGUAUCAUUUUGAAUCUACAGAGUGAAACAUAUAGCAUGCAGUGAGAUCACAGCUUUAAUAUUCACUGCUGUACUCAGACUAAAUGGACUUCCCUCUGGCAGUGAUGAUAAAACCGGUGCUGUAGCCACACUACCAGCUGUCUAUCAAGGCCUGACAGUAACUCUCUCAAACAUGGCUGACUGUUUACUCUUUUUACUCUAGUACUACAAGGGGAUUAGAAACUAGCUGAGUUUGCUCCGCUCUCUUCUAGGUCUUUUUAACACCACAGCUCUUCAAGGCCAGCUUCUCCUAGGACAACCAUCUCAACUAGUGCCUAGAAACACCUGACUGUAAUUCUGUUGUCAAAAUGCUUGGAGAAUCGCUCCUCUCUUUAAUUUUUUGAAUGAGGCGUUCAUGUGCCAUGUCACCUUGGCCACACAUGUCACAAACUGUUGUGUGUUUGGUGAACAGAGGUCAGCAGGGGUACUUGAUGUAUGAACUAUUAAUCUGGAUAACUUUUCUAAAUGUUGUUGUUAAACAUUGUGUUCAGUAGAUGCUUAAAGGGUUUGCAUUCAUAAAUGUGUUGUUAAAUUUUGAAGGUAAGGCUUUAUUGGAUGAGCCAUACACAAUCCUGACCUCUUGUUAGGUCGUUUAUAUAUCCUGCAGAAUGUAAAAAAUAUUGUUAUUAAGAAUCCUAACGUAGCUGUGGAGGGUUGGAAAAUGUACCGUCUUUGUCAUGCAAGGCCAUGAAAUCUUUGACGUUGAUGUAUCACUUGAAAGAAAGAAUAAAAUGAAAACACAGUG